AUGCCUUCUGGGCCCAGGAAGCGCGUGUCAAGUGUCAGUGAUGACCGCAACAAUGAGUACUUCCAGCAGAAGAAAGCAAAAAUCGAGGCAUCAAUGAGUGUUUCUGCAUCAUCGCCUCACAACAUGCGUAAAGCAGUGAGCUGGAAAGUCGACGCAAAUGGAGACAAAUUCUGGGAGCUUUCUAAAAUGCGUCGUGUCACUAUCUCCUCCUUUCGAGGGAAGACGCUUGUCAACAUUAGAGAGUAUUACGAGAAGGACGGGCAAGAGCUCCCGGGGAAGAAGGGCAUUUCUUUACCAAUCGACCAAUUCUCUGCUCUAGUAACAUUAUUACCAGAUAUUGAGAUGGCGCUUAAAGAGAGCGGGGAGUUUGUGCCGCGGCCAGAAUAUCCUCAGGCCAAUGAAAAGGCGAACGGGGACGAUAGCAACGAAACAGACCAGAGCGCGGAAUCUGAAAGCCCAUAUUCAAUGAAGAAGAAUAUUGAUGCAACCAGUGAGGAAGACUAG